GCUCCACCAAUAGGGAGUGAGCGCCUGCUGUCUGCUGAUUCUCAGACCAUGGCUGAGGAUGUUAUCAUAGGAAAGUGAGUUAUUGUUCGCUGUGUGCCGGGGGACGGUGUGGGACAGGUUGAAGUUGUAUAAUUUGUUUCAGAAAUGGCAACGCGUUUACGGCCUGCCAGCAAAAAAUGCGCAGUCAUCGGGGGCUCAGGGUUUCUUGGUCAACACAUGGUGGAACGCUUGCUAGAGAGAGGUUACUCUGUUAAUGUGUUUGAUAUUCGACAGGGCUUUGAGAAUGAUCGUGUCCAGUUUUUUAUUGGUGAUCUCUGCAACAAACAGGAUUUACUGCCAGCACUUCAGGGUGUGAAUGCUGUCUUUCACUGCGCAUCCCCGGCCCCCUCCAGCGAUAACAAAGAACUAUUCUAUAGAGUUAACUACACUGGAACGAGGACAGUCAUUGAGGCCUGCAAGGAUGCUGGUGUCCAAAAGCUAGUGCUGACCAGCAGUGCUAGUGUUGUCUUUGAAGGUACGGACAUAAAGAAUGGGACAGAGGAUCUGCCAUAUGCCAAGAAACCCAUUGACUAUUACACCGAGACCAAGAUCCUUCAAGAGAAGGAAGUUCUGGCUGCAAAUGACCCAUCAAAAAACUUCUUGACUGUGGCUAUUCGACCUCAUGGUAUAUUUGGCCCAAGAGACCCCCAGCUGGUUCCAAUAAUGGUGGAAACUGCCAAAAGUGGCAAAAUGAAAAUUAUGAUUGGGAAUGGGCAGAAUUUGGUGGAUUUUACAUACGUGGAGAAUGUAGUACACGGUCACAUUUUGGCAGCAGAAUAUCUACAAAAAGACUCUCCUUUAUGUGGAAAGGCCUACCAUAUCACGAACGAUGAACCCCUCCCAUUUUGGACAUUUAUUUCCCGCGUCCUGACUGGCCUGAAUUACGACGCCCCCAAGUACAAGAUUCCUUAUUGGCUAGCUUACUACCUUGCUUUGUUUUUGUCCUUUUUGGUGUUUAUUGUUAGUCCAGUUAUCAAAAUCAAACCAACAUUUACACCAAUGAGAGUGGCGCUGGCCGGGACCUACCACUAUUACAGCUGUGAGCGGGCCAAGAAAGACAUGGCAUACAAACCGGUGGUCAGCCUGGACCAAGCCAUUGAGAGAACCGUUCAGAGUUAUCCACAUUUGAGAAGAGCAAGCUAGGUUUCAGUUAACUGCUGCCUUUGAGAUUUUCUAAUUUAAUUCAUCACAUGGGGCAUUUAGUUCUGCUUAUCAUUUUUUAACAAGUGUCUCAAAAUACACUUGGUCACACACUGGCUGAAUAUUUGAUGCAAAAAAAGUUUCCAUAUGCUGUUCACAGUCGCCAAUAUGAGGCUAUCAAUGAACAAGAGAAUUCUUACCGACUGAAAGUUCCAUCAGUUUCAGUUGCAAUAUUCAUAAACUGUGUAGCGCUGCCUUUCAUAUGAUACAAAACCAAAAAGCCUUGUUUAAUAUAGUUGAUAUAUCUGAAAUAAAAAAAAUAGAUUUACUCCAUGUAACGCAAAUUUCACUCUGCUCUAAAACAUUUAGGGCCAGUUCACAUCAUAGAAAUGCGUUCCAGGUGCUUUUAUUGCAUGUGCGUUUUUGGUACGUUUUAAUGCAGUCGGUGCUUUUUUCCAUACCUCUUCUUUUUUAUUAAGCUUAGAUAAGGACACGUGUUUUCCAGUGCGUUGUUGGUGCAUUUAGUUGUGUUUUUCAGUGUUUUUACAACGCACUGGAAAUGCAUGCACUGGUGUGAACCAUGCCAUUGAAAAUCAUAUAACCUACUUUCCAUGCAGAAAAAAAAUGCACUGGACUGUAUCUGGUGUGAACUGGCCCUUUGGGUACAUUUUUAAUCUAGCCUUGCAACAUCUUUUUGUCUUAAGAAUGGCUUUACAUUAUACAAUUUUAAUUUACCAAAACCAUAUAAUACGAGGUCAAACCUAAAAUGCUUUGAAUUUGUGUUCUAACCAGGCAGGCCCUUGCACUACAUUGAAGGUAAAGCUUAUGUCAAAUAUAGCACUACCUACAAGAUUGCACUUCAUCCCCAGCGCAAUGAUAGACGCAAAGAUCUCUGGUCACAAUAAUAAAGUGGAACUAAAAUCGGCAAUU